UUAAGCAAAAGAAGGGCACGAGAACACGAGAAUCUGCUCUAAGCUGGUUAUUUGUAUCCUGGAAUUGGCUUCUCUGGAACAACUAUUGUUGAUUUUUUUUGACUUUAUAACUUGAUGUUCACUUUGGUUUUGGAGUAAAUUGUGUGGGAGAUUUUUUUCUUCCGAGUUUUGCUGUUUUAAUGCAGAGCAAUUAACUCAACGCCAUGGCAUGGUAUGGCCAGUGAGUAUGCAACAGAAACAGAGUUACAGAUGCAUUUUUGUUUGGCUGAGACGAAGGUUCUUAAUUUGUAGCUUGGAUUAAAAUGUAGUUAAAUUAGAGGGCGAUCGCAAUGUGGAUCCAUCACCCCAGGGCCACGCACAUUUUGAGUUGGAAAUCCCAUCAACCCCAUGUAUGGAAUUUGGUGAAGAAGAGGACUUAUCAUUCAAGUUCAAGUACGAGAGAGUGUUUUACAUACGCCUAUUUAUUGCAGGCUUGUGUGAAGGAGGAGGCAUGGAGUGAGGGUCAGCGGAUUCAUGUCCGCAUGAUCAAGAGAGGGGUAGAGAUGGACACGUUUUUGGAAACCAAAUUGGUGAUAAUGUAUGCCAAGUAUGGGAAGCUGGAUUUUGCCCGCCGUUUAUUCGAGAGAGGUGAAAAGAAUGUGGUGGGAUGGAAUGCAAUGAUUUCAGGAUAUGCCCAACACGGACAGUCACACGCAGCCCUCGCCCUGUUUAAGCAGAUGCGGAUGCAGAAGGCAGUACCGGAUCAUUUCGUGUUGGCUACCGUUGUGAGCUUGUGUGAGACGGAGAUGCAGGUGGGCAAACAGUUGCAUGCCCAUGUAAUGGCCGCUGGCUUUCAGUCGGACCUGGUCCUGCUCACUGCUCUCGUUCGCAUGUAUUCAGCAUGUGGUGCAAUGGAUGAUGCGCGCCAAUUGUUUGACAAAAUGUCUCGCAGAGACGUCAUCUCAUGGACUGUCAUGAUUGCAGGAUACACCAAAUGUGGCAGAAUGGAGGAUGCAUUUUCUUUGUUUGGCCGAAUGCCCCGCAGAGAUGCGGCUUCAUGGAAUGCAAUGAUCGCAGGGUGCGCACAAAAUGGAUACGGGGCAGCUUCCUUUACGCUCUUCUGCACUAUGCAACGCUCAGGUUGUGCCGCCAGGCCAAAUCAGGGCACAUAUGCUGCCCUUCUCAUAGCCUGUGCAGGUUUGUCAGCACUUGAUCAGGGCAAGCAGGUGCAUGCCCACAUAAUCAAAAGUCAGUUUUGGUCCGAUGCUCUCUUGAGGAAUGCUCUUGUUGAUAUGUAUGCCAAAUCUGGGAGCAUCCAGGAUUCCCGCCUGUUGUUUGAUGGAAGUUUUGAUAGGGAUGUUAUCCGGUGGACCACCAUGAUUGCAGGGUAUGGCAAGCAUGGGUUUGCAGCCGAGGCAAUUCACCUGUUUGAUCAGAUGCAGAAAGCUGGUGUAAAACCCAAUCACAUCACCUUCAUUAGCAUCCUGUCUGCCUGCAGCCAUGCUGGGCUAGUGGAGCAAGGGUGGAGAUUCUUCCAUUCUAUGACAAAAGACUACAACAUUGUGCCCAGAGCAGAGGAUUACGCUUGUAUGGUUGAUCUUCUGGGGCGUGCUGGCAAAGUGGAGGAGGCUCACAAUUUAAUCAACAAAAUUCCAACUGAACCUGGAGCUCAUGUGUGGGCUGCAUUGCUCGGCGCUUGCAGAGCACAUGGUAAUAUGGAAGUUGGAAAGGUUGCAGCCCAACGCCUCUUUGAGUUGAAUCCCCAACAGGCAGGAACAUAUGUGGAGCUGUCAAACAUAUAUGCUGCAUCUGGCAUGUGGGAUCAUGUAGCACAACUGAGAAAGACUAUGGAAGACAGGGGUAUUAGAAAGCAGCCAGGUUACAGCUGGAUUGUAGUUGAGAAAUGUACCCAUGUGUUUGUUGUUGGAGACAGAUCACACCCACAAACAGAAGCAAUAUAUACAAUGCUAGAAAAUCUAACUAGGCGUAUGAAAGAAGCAGGCUAUAUUCCAGACACAGACCUUGUGCUGCAUGAUCUGGAGGAGGAGGAGAAGGAGGGCAUCCUUAGCCAUCACAGUGAAAAGUUGGCUAUUGCAUUUGGGCUUAUCAGCACACAUCCGAGAGAACCUAUUCAAAUUGUCAAGAACCUUCGUAUGUGUAUUGAUUGUCACACUGCCACCAAGUUCAUUUCUAAGGUUUCGGAAAGGAAACUAGUUGUGAGAGAUGUUAAUCGCUUCCAUCAUUUCAGGGAAGGGCUCUGUUCUUGUGGAGAUUACUGGUGAUUCCCAGCUAAGGAUGGCAAAAUCUUUAUAUUUUAUAGCCCUUCUUCUA